AUGGGUGUGCAUCCGAGAAAAGCACCGCCGAUGUUCCGUUACUGUGGUGAUGACUCAUCGUUGGACUUGGUUUCCCUGAUUGGUCUUUCUGGGGAUGAUCAUAAAUCUUGGUUGAAUGGAGCCCAAACAAGGUGUUCAACAACAAUCAGCCAGGCACUGAAGCAAAAGGUGUUCAUCGGUGCCUUUGUUGCUACCAAUUGGAUUGAUAUCGGGAUAUUGCAACUUCUGAGACUGUAUCCCAGAAAGUUGCCGGACUUGGGUUUGUUUUUCGGAUGUGGCAACCGGACGGUGAUCGGAAAAAGGGACUACAUGGGUGUGCAUCCGAGAAAAGCACCGCCGAUGUUCCGUUACUGUGGUGAUGACUCAUCGUUGGACUUGGUUUCCCUGAUUGGUCUUUCUGGGGAUGAUCAUAAAUCUUGGUUGAAUGGAGCCCAAACAAGGUGUUCAACAACAAUCAGCCAGGCACUGAAGCAAAAGGUGUUCAUCGGUGCCUUUGUUGCUACCAAUUGGAUUGAUAUCGGGAUAUUGCAACUUCUGAGACUGUAUCCCAGAAAGUUGCCGGACUUGGGUUUGUUUUUCGGAUGUGGCAACCGGACGGUGAUCGGAAAAAGGGACUACAUGGGUGUGCAUCCGAGAAAAGCACCGCCGAUGUUCCGUUACUGUGGUGAUGACUCAUCGUUGGACUUGGUUUCCCUGAUUGGUCUUUCUGGGGAUGAUACAAGAUCUAUGUUGAAGGAGUUGCAUGGUCUGUGA